AAAUAGGCCAUAAUUCUAGAACAUGUGAAAAUAAAGUAGAUUCCAUUUCUUCAGAUAGCUCAGAUUAGAUUUUCUAUUUUUAAUUGUAUUUGGAGUUGAUGCACUAUUUUUUAUAGGCCAAGGUCGGGAAGGGUGCGGCGCUCGCCCGUGAACCACGUUAGCUAGUAUAUGCCGGAUCUACGCACGGACUGCCUUAGGGUGUGUGCUAUUAUUUACUCAGUACCAAGAGGUAUUUUUUGAGAAUGUGGUUACGCGUGAAUACUUGAGCUAAUGGCGGCCAUACAAAAGUAGAUAAUCGGCGUCGAAAGUGGCUAUGAAUGAACGCUCAACAUGCAAAAUGGCAGAGUUCCGAAUGUUUGUUGUAGAAAUUUGUGCGUCGGAGGAUCUGCUCAACCUGCCACGCAAGACAAUCCGCGGUUACCGCCAGCACACGAAGCAUAGCUGGGCUGCCUGAGUAAGCCUGCAGCUCUGCCUGCAGCUCUGCCUGCCCAACUCGAGGAGGGCUCGAAUACCAGGUUGUCUUCGCCGGUCUCUUCUGCGCUCUCUAAAUCAGAAUUUUGCAACGUGCCUUUUGCUCACUUCCAAGCAUGGAACCUGUUGGCUUGGCAGUCGGAGUCCUGGGGCUCGCCGGCCUGUUUAGUGCCUGCUUGGAUGCCGUUGAUCGAUUUGAUUCUUGGAGACAUUUCAGCGACGAGUCUCGUACACUGGGCUCUCGCUGGGAGGCCCAAAAACUACGAAUGAAGAGAUGGGGUCAGGCUGUCGGUAUCGACAACAAAGCGGAUCACCACGAGGCUCUUGAAAAUCCUGAGAUAGUCUCGAGGGUCCGCCAGCAUCUUGCCAUCAUCGAGAGCCUCUGCACCAACGGAGACGGCGUAUUCUCUUCCGCCGCCAGGGCAAGCGUGGGGCAGACGAAGUAUACGCUCUUUUCCCGCGGUCGCGCCCAGGCCGAGCCCAGCACUCAUUCUGAGUCAGGACGGCAGAGGGUGAAGUGGGCGCUGCGGGAUAAGGCAAAAUGCACAGCCCAGGUUGAGAUGCUCGGAUUUCUUGUACAAGAUCUUCACGACCUGGUACCUCCUGAUGUUGUGAAGGAUACGAAUCGUACAGAGCGAAGGGCUGGUAACGAUGUCUUCAGAUAUGUGGACGACAAUUUCGCCGGCAAGGACGCAUGGCCUGUCAAACUGGGCCAGAUUCUAGCCAAGAUUGAGAAGGAUUUUGAAGCGGAGACACGGAAAAAGGUGCACGCCUGGCUGCUCGGCCGUGAUAUCAACAACGAACUCUUUGACGACGCGGUACAAAGGAGAGUAGAUGGCACCUGUGAUUGGAUUCUAGAGCAGGGCUUGUUUGUCGAAUGGACUUCUCCUGACUUCCCCGCAGCGUCGGCCAAAAUUCUCUGGGUAAACGGCGCACGAGGUUUUGGCAAGACUAUCCUGUGCGCAAGGGUUGUUGAACACCUCCGCUCCACGCUCAACAUAACGCCAGCGCACUUCUUCUUCUCAUCUGACUUUGAUAGCCACAAAGACUCGUUCGUGGCAGUGCGGUCAUGGCUCGCUCAGCUGCUGUCACACCCAACCGUGUUCGAGCUAGCCUGGAAGGAAUGGGAAGCCCACGACAGCCAAGUAGCCAAGCGGGCUGACAUUCUCAGAAUCUUCCGCCAGGCUGUUAUCGCCGUUCCAGGUUGUACCUUUGUUCUGGAUGGACUUGAUGAAUGUGCCGGAAUAGGUCAGGCAUGGGACACAGACAACACUACUUCUGUGGCUACGUUUCUAGAGACCGUUCAGCGAGCGGUUCAAGCUACAAAUACGCGGUUGUUAAUUGUCUGUCGUGAUGAACCUGAAAUACGGCAGUCAAUCAUUCGUAGCGAGGGCCUGAGGUGGGUCGACUUCAAGAUCUCUUGCGACCUUGUCCAGGCCGACAACGCGUUAUAUUCCAGAAGCAUUGUCGAUAAAAAGCUGCAAAACAAGCCUGAGACCAUAAAAAAUGAUAUAGCUUUGCAGCUUGCUAGCCGCUGCAAUGGGCAGUUCUUAUGGAUCAAGAUGCUGGAGCCGUCACUCCGGAGUGGCAAGAAUAAGAAGCAACUUGAAGCCGCUAUCGAUGCAUCACCUGCUGGACUGGACCACCUCUACGAUCGAGACUGGCAGAGAUUGCUGAGCCUUCCGAAGACAGAAAGCUCUCGUGCCGUUUCCUUACUACGCUGGGCCGCAUUUGCUCUACGGCCACUCACGAUCAAUGAGGUCACGGAGGCGCUACUUAUUGACGAGAACAACACCGAUUUCCCCAUGGGUGAGAUGCCAGACUCCGUUGAUCAAGACUACAUUGAUGGGGAGAUCCUCGGCCUAUGCGGAUCCCUCAUAGAAAUUCGCAAUGUGGCAUCGGAGUCCCGCAUUGGUUCUAGCACUGUGCAUCUCGCCCAUUUUUCCGUGAAAGAAUUCUUCAUCGGCAGAAUGUCUAAUGACGCCAGCAUCAUCGCCGCCAAUGAGCAUCUGCGGAGAUCAAAUGAAGCAAAUCAAAGCAACAUGCUUGCUAUGAUGUGUCUUCGUUACGUGGACUUUCCGAGCGUCUGGAAAAGGCCACGCGACGGGGCUAACCAGGCCACGAUGUCGUUCGUGCAUUAUGCGGCAGGCUCAUGGUAUCAACACGCAGCUGUGAGCGAAACACCUAGUCAUGAUAUGGUUCAGCUCACCAAUAGCUUUUUCAGCGAAUGUAACGAGCAGUACCGUGCGUGGGAAAUGUGGUAUGAUACAGACAACAAUAAUUCGAAGGAAAGAGGAUACGAAACUGAAUUUAAAGCACCGAAUCCCCUUUACUAUGCGUCGUUGCUCGGCUUGAGGGAAACAGUGGAGUUGCUCCUGAAAGAAAACAAAUGCGAGAUAAAUCGGACAUCACCGUCAGGUACGACCGCCUUGUCGGUGAGCUGCAGUCGAGGCAACUUACAAAUAGUCACGAUGCUACUAAAAGAGGGAGCCGACAUUACCAUUACAAGUGAUGACGGCCGGACCCCUCUACAUGCAGCCUGUUUUAAGGGACAUCUAGAAGUGGUUCAGCUACUUCUAGAGAAGGGAGCAGAUCUUACGGCCGUGGAGGAAGACAGAUGGACAGCAUUACAUGCUGCUUCGCAGAACGGACAUCUUGAAGUAGCUCGACUACUUUUAGAGAAGGGGAUGGACGUUACGGCCGUGGAGGAAGACGGAUGGACAGCAUUACAUCUUGCCUCGCAGAACGGGCAUUUUGAAGUAGCUCGACUACUUUUAGAGGAAGGGGCAGAUGUCACGGCCGUGGAGGAAGACGGAUGGACAGCAUUACAUCUUGCCUCGCAGAACGGACAUCUUGAAGUAGCUCGACUACUUUUAGAGAAGGGAGCGGAUGUUACAGCUAUUACAAAGGCCAAAUGGACAGCAUUACACCUUGCCUCGCAGAACGGACAUCUGGAAGUAGCUCGACUACUUUUAGAGGAAGGGGCAGAUGUUACAGCUAUUACAAAGGCCAAAUGGACAGCAUUACACCUUGCCUCGCAGAACGGACAUCUUGAAGUAGCUCGACUACUUUUAGAGAAGGGAGCGGAUGUUACAGCUAUUACAAAGGCCAAAUGGACAGCAUUACACCUUGCCUCGCAGAACGGACAUCUUGAAGUAGCUCGACUACUUUUAGAGAAGGGAGCGGAUGUUACAGCUAUUACAAAGGCCAAAUGGACAGCAUUACACCUUGCCUCGCAGAACGGACAUCUGGAAGUAGCUCGACUACUUUUAGAGAAGGGGACGGACGUUACGGCCGUGGAGGAAGACGGAUGGACAGCAUUACAUGCUGCCUCGCAGAACGGACAUCUUGAAGUAGCUCGACUACUUUUAGAGAAGGGGACGGACGUUACGGCCGUGGAGGAAGACGGAUGGACAGUAUUACAUGCUGCCUCGCAGAACGGACAUCUUGAAGUAGCUCGACUACUUUUAGAGGAAGGGGCAGAUAUUACGGCCAUUACAAAGGCCGAAUGGACAGCAUUACACCUUGCCUCGCAGAACGGACAUCUGGAAGUAGCUCGACUACUUUUAGAGAAGGGGACGGACGUUACGGCCGUGGAGGAAGACGGAUGGACAGCAUUACAUGCUGCCUCGCAGAACGGACAUCUUGAAGUAGCUCGACUACUUUUAGAGAAGGGGACGGACGUUACGGCCGUGGAGGAAGACGGAUGGACAGUAUUACAUGCUGCCUCGCAGAACGGACAUCUUGAAGUAGCUCGACUACUUUUAGAGGAAGGGGCAGAUAUUACGGCCAUUACAAAGGCCGAAUGGACAGCAUUACACCUUGCCUCGCAGAACGGACAUCUGGAAGUAGCUCGACUACUUUUAGAGGAAGGGGCAGAUGUUACAGCUAUUACAAAGGCCAAAUGGACAGCAUUACACCUUGCCUCCAAGAACGGACAUCUGGAAGUAACUCGACUACUUUUAGAGGAAGGGGCAGAUGUCACGGUCGUGCAGGAAGACGGAUGGACAGCAUUACACCUUGCCUCGCAGAACGGACAUCUUGAAGUAGCUCGACUACUUUUAGACGAAGGGGCAGAUGUUACAGCUAUUACAAAGGCCAAAUGGACAGCAUUACAUGCCGCCUCCAAGAACGGACAUCUGGAAGUAACUCGACUACUUUUAGAGGAAGGGGCAGAUGUCACGGUCGUGGAAGAAGACGGAUGGACAGCAUUACAUGUUGCCUCGCAGAACGGACAUCUUGAAGUAGCUCGACUACUUUUAGACGAAGGGGCAGAUGUUACAGCUAUUACAAAGGCCAAAUGGACAGCAUUACAUGCUGCCUCGCAGAACGGACAUCUGGAAGUAGCUCGACUACUUUUAGACGAAGGGGCAGAUGUUACAGCUAUUACAAAGGCCAAAUGGACAGCAUUACAUGCCGCCUCCAAGAACGGACAUCUGGAAGUAACUCGACUACUUUUAGAGGAAGGGGCAGAUGUCACGGUCGUGCAGGAAGACAGAUGGACAGCAUUACAUGCUGCCUCGCAGAACGGACAUCUUGAAGUAGCUCGACUACUUUUAGACGAAGGGGCAGAUGUUACAGCUAUUACAAAGGCCAAAUGGACAGCAUUACAUGCUGCCUCGCAGAACGGACAUCUGGAAGUAGCUCGACUACUUUUAGACGAAGGGGCAGAUGUUACAGCUAUUACAAAGGCCAAAUGGACAGCAUUACAUGCCGCCUCCAAGAACGGACAUCUGGAAGUAACUCGACUACUUUUAGAGGAAGGGGCAGAUGUCACGGUCGUGCAGGAAGACGGAUGGACAGUCUUACACCCUGCCUCGCAGAACGGACAUCUUGAAGUAGCUCGACUACUUUUAGAGAAAGGGACGGACGUUACGGCCGUGGAAGAAGACGGAUGGACAGCAUUACACCUUGCCUCGCAGAACGGACAUCUUGAAGUAGCUGGACUACUGUUAGAGGAGGGGGCAGAUGUCACGGCCUUGCAGAAACACGGAUGGACAGCAUUACAUCUUGCCUCGCAGAACGGACAUCUUGAAGUAGCUCGACUACUAUUAGAAGAGGGAGCUGAUGCUGAGGCGAUUGACGCUAAUGAACGCACAGCGCUAUUUUGGUCGUGUGCGAGGGGUCAUACGGAUGUUGCAGAUUAUCUAUUGCUUCAUAAGGAUGUACUUAACAAGACAGACUGCUACGGUGCAACGCCUUUAUUUGCCGCCAUCGGAAAUGCCCAUGAGGAAGUUAUCGGCUACCUUCUUGACACGAAAUGCGAUAUUGGUGGUUUACGCGACAAUUUUGGACGAAACUUGCUCUGGUGGGCUUCAAAGAGCGGAAAUGCUCAAGUCAUAGAAACCGUGCUUCAAUUCGUGAAGAAAACAGGCAUUCAGAUCUACAGUGAUGACUUGUCUGCUGAGCCGAGACCGGCAGACCUUGGCGAGUCAUCACGGUGGUGCGACAUCUGCACUCGAUUUGUUUUGGAAGGUAGCGCGUACUACAAGUGCGCAGUUUGUUCGCGCGGUGACUUCGAUGUCUGCGAAGACUGCUUCGCGAUGGGUGCAAGGUGCCACAGUGGCUCACAUAUUCUGUCAUUGCACCGUCCUGCGACUUGUUGA